AUGUCAGAGAAACCUCGCAUCUUACAGCCGCGCCCGCGUCGUGUCUUCGAAAUCAAUCCGGGGUCAGAAGAGUCCAGCGCGCCCCCGACGCCGGGCGAACCUGCACACAACGAUUUCCUCAAUCCCGCAGGCGGGGACACAGCAGCCAACUCGACCAGUGUGAGUCGAACGGGCUCAAUCCUGAACCUCACCUCGUCCACUCUAUACGGCAUCUAUUCCCCCACCGCAUUCGACAGCCUUCGAGAUGAGUCCAGCCCCUGGGGCACCGAGUCCUACGAUCCGGCUUCCCAGCCCUCAGAGCCCGCGCAACGGUCAGCCGAAAAGAAUGCUUUGGAUUCUCGUCGAUUCGCUCUGCAGCGGACACGCUCACGGCUGAGCCAGGGCAUGUUUCGUGGUGUUUUGCUGCCACAAAUGUUAAGCAGUGCUCUACUCUUUGGCUUCGGGCUUGUCUAUGGUGUAAUCACCGUGCACUUGCACGACAAUCACUGGAUCACGCCGGUCAAGUUGGAAAACACUCACUACUAUGACUCGUGGCAAUACCUGGGCUUCUGGGGGCUGGCGGGCAUUGUCCUGGGAAAUACCUUACCGUGGUUGGAUAGAUGGCGCGAAAGUGAUGUGGCGGAAGAUGACGCCAAGGAAGAGGAUGAUGUGAAUCGCACCCCAUCAUGGGUCGCCGUGGCUCGUAGCGUCGGCGCAUUCGUGGGAAUUGCAUUCGCCAUGCGCCGCCUGCCGUGGGAAUCUACCACGCAAGCCUCCCUGACCCUGGCGCUCGCAAACCCCGUCCUUUGGUAUCUGAUCGACCGCACCACCACCGGAUUUGUCCUCUCGACCACCGUGGGUGUCGCUGGCAUGAGUCUCGUUCUUGGAAUGAAGCCCGAGAUGAUUCCUGCAUCCACGGGUUCGACUUUCGGCACAACAUUGCUCAAUGGAACGGGACUGGAGAACACACUAGGAGCAGAGGUUUCGCAGGAGAGCAUCGCGGUGCGCACCUGGGUUGCGAGCGUGCUUUUCUGCGCCUGUGUUUGCUUUGGCAACAUUGGCCGUCAACUGGCCAUUGGCGCGCCGGGCGCUGAGACACUCAAGGCCUGA